AUGAUUACAGAUGAACAAUUGAACCGUUUGGUGCUGAUAUUUGGUGCCAUCAUGAUGUUUCUUAUCAUAGUGUACCACACUAUCAGUUCUAGUACUGACCAAGAGCCUGAGGAAACCAAAGAAGAGUAA